CCAGUUGGUGGUGACUUAAACACAGCGGUGAAACGUCAUCAAAAUGCUCCGGCAGUUUACUUUCAAGUUUGUUGUGUUGACAUGAUUAGCUGCGAAGUUCUUCUCUAGGUACAGUUAACCUUGGUUUCUCCUGAAUGUAAACGAAUCAACCAAAAUUCUUCCCUGGCUGUAUCCUCAACCUAAGCAGGACCAAUGGAGGUGUCUCAUUCGAUCAGGGAGCGGACCAUAGCAGAGAACAGCCUGGUGAUCCUUCUCCAGGGGCUUCAGGGGGAGGUGACCAACGUGGACCUGAGGGAUGAGAGCACAGCGCAGGGACGUGUGGUCAAUGUGGAUGCCUUCAUGAACUUGCGUCUGGAGGAGGUGCUGUACCGGGACCGUCGCGGCCGGCUCAGUCAGCUGGCCGAUCUGUUUAUCACGGGCAGGAACGUGCGCUACGUCCACAUCCCCGACCACGUGGACAUCAUGGAGACCAUACAGACCCAGCUGACCAGGAUCAGACGCGUUCGCAACUUUGCCAGCGAGAAAGGGGGCAGGAAGGAGUAUCUAAAGAAAAAGAACUGAACUUGGAAGUGUGGAGGACGUUGUGUUGGCCCCAAGGGGCUGACCUUCUCUAGCCUGAGUUUCAGCUCCUUGUCACUCAUGGUAAUGCCAAACGUGUGGCUUGACAAUGAGCAAUGGAGUUGGCAAGCGCACAAACAGAUCUGGGACCAGUCUAUACUGAAUUUAUAAAAUUACUGAACUUGAAGGGUGGUAAUCUCGUCCACCAGCCGUCUUUCGCUCUCUGUCUAUAUGCAGUCAGCUAGCAAUUGAGCCUGGGGACGAGAUUAGAAGGAUGGAGUUUGUGUUGCCCCAAGGAGCCUUCCGUCACCGCUCAUUUCAAAUUGUGCAUUUUCUCCUUGUUUCAUUAAUGACUUGUGACUCCAGAACAGAAGAAUACAAAUUUGAAUCGAUUCUCACAAGUUACAGGUGUCGUCCUUGCGUCUUUAUGUUCUUAAUUCUUUAACAUUAUAGUUUAGAGGGUGACAGGUUCUCCUCUUUGAUUUUGUAGAAAAAAACAAGAAUCCAAGGAAAGAAAACAACAAAAGUUUAAGAAUGUCAAUACUUGGCAUUGUAAAGACUUUUCUUUGGUAAAUAAAGACAAUUAUUUUGGA